AUGUCUGUAUCGCAUACUCCUCCUACAUCCCCUUCUGAUUCUCAGAAUUCUGGCAAUGGGUUCCGAUCCCUCACACUCACUCCGGCAGAUCUUGCAGCUACAAUGUCAAUGGCUGCAUCUCGCAUCCAAGCAUCCAUCUCUCAAUAUCAGAUGGAGGCUACCCACACCGAGGAGCCUUCUGCUGCUCGGAUCAUGCACUUUAAAGCCAGGCUGCAAUGGGAGAUAGCUUACUCAGCUGCAAGGAACAUCAUUUUGGUUGUUCCGAGCCCGGUCACUCAUAUUCUUCGGUUGAUUCCCGAGCUCACCUGGGACAUGAUCUGGGGGAUCCCUCCCGGAUUGUAUCAACCUAUGGAACUCAAUGGUGGACCUGGACCAACUGCAAUCCUGAAGGAAUUAUGGGCAUGGGAUCAGGUAUUCGCUAAUUGUGUCUAUCACUACCAGCAUUGGCUAUCUGGCAUUGAGGACGAACAUCUUGUUGUUCCCGAGCAGGUGGCUGAAAGCUUGGUUGCAUCACUGAAGGCACUGAGGUGGAUGAGAGAACGCCUCCUGACAGUGAUUGAGGAUCAACAAGAUGGCAUCUGUGAAAAGAUGGCCAAGAUUCAGAUGUACACAGCUGUCCUAACCAAAUUGAAGCCAAGGGGACCGGAGUAG